AUGUACGCAGACAUCAGCAAACCUCCGGCACCGCUACCGCAAGCGCGGCCACAGCAGCUCCGUGAAGGCAUCACCCUGCUGCCACCACUCACACGGCGAGGCCGUGGACCCGGCCUCAUAAUUCUGCAGCAAGACUCCUCCAAGCACCUGGACAUCAUCGAAGGCGUUCCAUCGGCACUUGUAAAAUGGGCCGAGGAAGGUUAUGUGGUGGUCGGUAUUCAAGCGCGGGCAAUCUCCAAUGGCGGCGAUGUUCCAGAAGUCAUGAGAUACGCUUUGGAGGCGAUACAGAGUUGCGACAAGUUGGAAUCGCAGAGCCGUUUUGGAAUCAUUGCAUACGAUUCAACGCUGUGGAAUGCGGUUGCGGAUGUCUUGGGCAACUUUCCCAGCAUCGUCGGCGGUGUCGUGUACGCCAAUUCAUCAGAUGAAGAAGACCUGAGAAAGGCUGUAAUUCCUGUACAGCGUCAUAUGGCAGGGCAGCCUACAUCUGUAACGGGCAAGGCGGCUGGUGUCACAACUUACAGAUAUGCGAAAGCGAAGUCCUUUCGCUUUGCAACACCAUUCCAAGAUGACUUCGACUAUUGGGCAGAGUCGCUGUCGCAUACAAGGAACUUGACGUUUCUCAAGCCACUCAUUAACGGCCCAUAUUUCGACCUCGAAAGUAUCUGGGACGAACACACAUACUACGAAUUUGCGGAUCGCUCGGUUGAGCAUACGAUGAGUACCAUGGUUGAUCAACCUUAUGUGAAUCAUGUGCCUACUUUGACUGGCGGGAUUGGACGCGCGCCCUUGACUCAGUUCUACCGGAACAACUUCAUCUUCAGCAACUCGGAUGACACGGAACUGGAACUCAUUAGCCGAACAAUUGGCAUCGACCGCAUUAUUGACGAAUUCAUCUACAAGUUCACGCAUAACAAAAUCGUGGAUUGGCUGUAA